UUCUCUGCCACUCUUUGGUAAUCGCGACUCGGUAUAUCACUGGAAUUGUGUACCGUUAUAUUGUAAUUUUGUUUGUGUGUGUGUGUGUAUGUUGAUAGACAUUUGUCAAUUUCAUUGUUCAAUCAGCCUUCUGCCACAUGCACAAUCUCAAUCAGUAUUGUGUUGGAAACAUCGGACGUGGCAAGUAGCUGUCAUUUCGCAAUUUCUGGAGUAUUUGCAAAGUUUAGCAUUGUGAUUAAACGAACAACAAAAAAAUGCGACGAUCGAUGAUAAAUUGCAACCAAGUGCAAACCGAAGUGAUAACGGAGGGGCGUUGGAUAGAGGAGGAACCGCUACCUCAUUCCAGCAAGAAGGUGGUGCUCGUUAUUCCUGGGAAUCCAGGUGUUCCGCGAUUCUAUGAGACCUUCAUCAAGACGCUCAACUCGAGAAUAAACCCGGACACACCUGUCUGGGUCAUCGGACACGCUGGACAUGUCCAACCACCGGAGAACUUGGAAAUCGCUAUGCCCGGCAAUGACAAGUGGGCAGAAUGCUAUGGUUUGACAGCGCAGAUUCAACACAAGGUGGAAUUCAUAAAGAAGUACGUUCCAGAGGAUGCGCAGUUAUAUCUUGUUGGCCAUUCCAUAGGUGCCUGGUUUACACUCAAUUUACUAAAGAACCAUGACAUUAAUGGGAGGAUAAGAAAAUGUUAUCUGUUGUUUCCUACAGUAGAAUAUAUGGCAAAGAGCCGUAAUGGAAUGUUCUUUUGUACCUGUGUAUCACGUGUUGCACCAGUGUUGGUUUUCUUAUCUUGGAUUUUCACAGCAAUGUUUCCACUCUCUUUGCAAUCAUUAAUGAUACGUAUUUUUGGUAUAUUUUAUGGUAUUCCAGCCAGAUGUGUCAAAGCGGUUCAGGAAAUGUUGAAUCCAAAGGUCUUGCAUAAAAUAUUCGCUCUUGCAAAUGAAGAAAUGAAGUACGUCAAAGAAGCUGACCAUGAGACUAUAUCAAAAUAUGCUGAUAAGCUUUGGUUUUAUUAUGGCGCCAGUGACGGUUGGACACCUGUGGAAUACUAUAAAAAUAUGAUAUCCAAACAUCCUAAUCUAAAUGCUCAAUUAUGUCAACGUGGUUUCCAACAUUCAUUUGUACUAAAGGAUGAUGUGGAUAUGGGACACAUUGUUGGCGAUCUCAUCAAUGAGGACAUUGAUUAAUCUCAUAUUUCAAUUGCAUUUAAUAGUGACAUUUAAUAGUCGCACUUAUUUCGCAAAUAUUUUUGUGAUAUUUUUGGAUAUGGGUGUAUAUUAUUG